GUCACACAGAGUGCGACGAGGAGCAAGAUCAAAAAUCACAGACUGGACAUAAUGUUUGUUUGUUUUUACUGAAUAAACGCAGCAAAUAUUAAUGACUAUUUAGUCGCACCGCAAGUAUGUGUCAUAGAAUCCAGGAUGUCAUGAAGCUUUGUUGUGAGCUAUCAGCCAAUCAGCAAAUUCAGACCACAGUGAGAAGCUCGGGAAAGGGAGCAGCAGCUGCUGGAGGACUGGCCUUUGCUGGAGGUUUGAUUGGAGGUCCUCUUGGUGUUGCAGUUGGUGGUGCUGUCGGGGGCCUUCUGGGAUGCUGGAUGACCAGUGGACAAUUCAAACCACUGCCUCAGAUCAUCAUGGAGCUUAGUCCUCUGCAGCAGCAGAGGCUUUAUGAUAACAUUUUAGUCAUCCUGGGUGAUAUUCAGUGGACUGAUUUGGCCCAGCUGGUAGCUCUGGUGAUGGGCAACACCACCCUGAAGCAGCAGCUUACAGCUGCCCUUCUUGGCUACAUCACCAAGGAGCUUCAGGCAGAGGUACAAUAUGUGGAUUAAUCUCUCUGGACAUGCUGGAAUAUCCAAGAGGCCUACCUAAGUGUUUGGAAGAAUGGUAUUUCUUUGUAAUGGCAUGAUGUGUUUUUCUGAAGCCAAGAUUAUCUUGCUGUGAGAUUUACUGUUUAUACAUUUUAUUCCAUAGAAUUUUAGUGGAAUUUUGUGGAAGCUAUCACAGACUUGCUGGUUAAAGGGAAGAUUAAAAAUGACUGACUUAAAAAGCUGAAAAAUGGGUAAAUGUAUUUUGAGAAAUACAAUCAUGAGGAGAAGCAAUUGCUAGUCAUUGUAUUUAUUAUAUCCAUCUUGGCAUUGUAGUGUUUAUUAAUAUAUUUAUUAUUACUCGGAGGAUGUUCAUUCAGUUGUGUAAUUUUGUAGAAAAACAGAUCACAGACAUGACACAAAACUAAAGUCAUUUCAAAUGGCAACUU